AGAGAAAGGAAGCAGAGCAGGAAGUCAUUUCACAAGCGGAGCUGAGCUGGCAGGGCAGCGAGACAGACAGGGACUGAGACUCUGCUUGGGAAUAUCACAGAAACUGGAGAUUCAAGUUCAGCUGUUACCUACUUUGAUUUCUUGUACUCUCUGAAUUGGAGCAACAGAAAAGGUGGGAACCACAUUUAAAAUUGAUGCUUAUUUGUACUAUAAAAUUAUCUGUUUUUUCAAUGGGGAAAAACCAUCUUGGAUUUUUGUCAUUGUUUUUGGAAGGAAUGAAUACUUGUAUUCAGAAAUCUGCAAAAAUCUAAUGUCAAUAUGGCCAUGCCAGAAAAAUCAAGUUGUACCAAACUGAGUGAGGAUUUCAGUCAUUUCCCUCAAAUUAUUGAACUCAAUGUAGGUGGUCAGGUGUACAUUACUCGCUAUCCUACUUUGAUUAGCAUUCCUGGUUCCCUGCUCUGGGAAAUGUUCAGUGAAAAGAAUCUUUGUUCCCUGAUCCAGGACAACAAAGGAAGGUUUUUCAUAGACCGAGAUGGUUUUCUCUUUCGUUAUGUGCUAGAUUAUAUGAGGGACCGGCAAGUAGUGCUUCCUGACCACUUUCCAGAGCAUGGACGGCUCCAGAGAGAAGCAGAAUACUUCAGAUUGCCAGAACUGGUCAAGAUGUUGGCUCCUAAAAUGAAUAAGCUCUACUCAGUUGGCAAUGACCUAUGCCAAAAUGACCUAGAAGAGCUGUCCCCCAGCAUUGAUACCCUGUUUAAUCCCUCUUCAACUAGUAUUGGCCAUACUAGUGGCCCUGAUAACCCUCUAGCUCUGACAACAAGUGCUGGUUCUGAUCUCAAGAAGGCAGGCUUCAUCACUAUUGGCUACCGGGGCUCCUAUACUCUGGGUCGGGACAGCCAAACAGAUGCCAAAUUCCGCCGUGUGGCCCGAAUCAUGGUGUGUGGUAAGAUCUCCUUGGCCAAAGAAGUGUUUGGAGAUACUCUAAAUGAGAGCAGAGACCCUGACCGUCCUCCUGAGCGAUAUACUUCUCGAUACUACCUCAAAUUCACCUUUCUGGAACAAGCCUUUGACAGACUAGCUGAUGCUGGCUUCCACAUGGUAGCAUGCAACUCCACUGGCACCUGCACUGUCACACAUGACCAGACAGAUGACAAGAUCUGGACCUCUUACACUGAAUAUGUUUUCUACCGUGAGUGACGCUUAAAAAAAAUCACCUGGGAAAUACAAACCCAAAUGUCAACUCUCCUUCCUCUCUCUCUUCCAGUGCCAACUAUCUCCUUUAGAAAUAGACAAAUUACUGGCCUUGAGUCCUCUGUCUAAUCAUGGACAAUGUCACUCCCUUCACCAUAACCAGUUGAACCUUAUUUGGCAUUUUCCUUCUUAUACAUCAUCCCAUUCUAUCUGGCUUCCAACCUGCAUUGGAUUGUAUAGUUGGAUGCCUUUUGAGGGAAAGUAUUCAAUGUGUAGGCAUAUGUCUAUGCACAUUGCUAUAGAUAGUAGAAAUGAACUUGUUGGGUGAAUGCAGAUAGAUAGAGCCACAAGAUUUAGUUGGUUAAGAAAUGCUGAACCAUGGUUUCCAAACUUUCUCAGCACCACACUUUGGACUCACUUACAUGACUUAUUAUCUGUAUUCACCUAGGUAAAACCCUGUAUUUUUCAUUCUGAGCUAUAAUAAUUAUGAAUGUGUGUUUUUUCUUUUUGCAGUAGUGUGAGUUGAACUCAGAACUCGCAUGCAUGCUAGGCAAGCCCUUUACCCCUGAACUACAUCCCCAGCCCAUGAAUAUGCUUUUUAAAAAGUAAAUACACACAAAAACAUGCACGCACAAUUGCUAUUAUUUUACCAGUCUGAGUGGAAGAAGUUGACAAGGGUCGUCCAAGAGGUUCAUAGAAAGAUCAACUAAUUCUCAAAUUGUCAAUUGAUUUUGACAAAAGGUAGGUGAAAAGAACCAGGCAUGGUAGCACUACCUAUAAACCCAGCUAUUCAGGAGACUAGGAUCACAGUUUUGAGACUAUCCUGGACAACUUACUGAGACCCUGUCUCAAAAGGCCUGGGGAUAUACCACAGAGCUUACCUAGCAUGUGUGAGGCCCUGGGUUAAAAAAAAAUGGUGGGUGAAGAGAACAAUUUUUAAAGGGAUUAUUUCCAAGAAUAAAGGCUUAGCACUUAAAUUCUUCUUACCUGAGAAAAGUCACAAGGAUGAGUACCAUGGCUAUUACACAGAUAUAAGCAUAUAUGCCAUUUUAAAAUACUACCCCUCAAAUACCUGUUUUAUUCAUUAGUAUUGAGAUGCAAUAGCAUGUAGAUAAUUGCUUUAUGUAAAUACAUUUAUGUAUUAGUUUAUUUUUCACUGGUCAGAUAGUUGGAUGUAUAUGGAUAGUUGGAUGUUAUUAGCUUGUUUUUUCUUGACUAGCUAAGUGAGUGUAUGUAUGUUUUUAUCUGGGAGUGGGAAUGGGAGAAGGUAGAAGAGGAAGAGGAAAUAAGAGAACUAAAAAAGAAAAAAACAAUAAAUCAAAAUUCAUCUUCUGAAGCCUCUACUGAUAACUUUUUAUGAUACAGGUUGAAAGUAAACACCCUCAUACAAAAACAUCAGGGAAUUGAGACAAUUUAUUGACUUGCUGGAGAUGACGGGACAAGUCAAGAAAAAGAGACUUCCAGGGCCCACUUUAGAGGAUCUUUAUCACUACUUUGAAUAGCUUUAUAACACCCCAGUGAUCAAAUAUCCUUCUCUUCCUUUAUUCUUUGCUUUUUUUGCCCCAACAUCAGCCUUUAAUUGUGCUUGUUAUAUUUUGAUUUAUUUUCUAGUCAGGUUUCUUGAGUUGCAAGGAACAAAAACCCAUUUAAAGUGGCAUGAGUUUUUUUUCCACAUCAGGGGUGUGAUCAGGUGGGCAUUUCAAAGAUCUAUUUGUGUUGUAGAGUCCAAUGACAGGAAAUGAAGUCCAGUUAAGUUUCAAAGGGCCUCGAGAGCUGUUAAGAACUGUUCUCUGUUGUCUCUCAGAAGUUACCUAGUUCUUCUUUCAUCAUUUCCAGAACCUAUUAGUUCCAUAUUUCUCCCUCCACAGAGAUCACCUUCUUUCCCUCAACUUGUACCUGGCCUAAACAGUCAUGUCAGCCCUUAUAUGAACAUGGAUUCUUAGCCAUCCUCUCCAUAGUUAAUGUCUUUUUUAUUUUAUUUUUUAUUUUUGGUACCAGGGAUUGAACCCAGGAGUGCUUCACUGCUUAGCCACAUUCCCAGCCCUAGCAUUUUCAUUUUUGAAAAUAGGAAGCAGGCUCCUAAAAUACAAGCUUCUGCAAAUGGAGGAAAGGCAUUAAAGUGCUUGUUGGCCCUCAAGUGGCAAAUGUCUAUCUGAGACUCAGAAGAAAGUCAAUUGAAGUAGAAAAAGUAAAAGCAGACUUCAUAAUAAAUUAUCCAUGUGGGGAAAACUUGCAAUAUAAUCAGCUUAUGAAACUUAUUUUCCACAUCCAUUUUUUGAAAAUAUUAUCAUUGGUUCUAUAUCUUCAAAUUAGUUUUAGGAAUUUGCAUUAGUUUGAAGAAAAAAAACACCAAAAAAACCCAGGUGACAUUAUUCUGUGCUACUUAACCAAAGUAGUAGUUAUAUUUUAACAGAAAUCUUCUAUGACAUAUUGUUUUAAGCUAGUGCCAUUCAAAGUUUUAAAAAGAAAAAAUUCUUACUGGGAUCUCUGUUACAUAAAACAAAAUAAAAAUAAUGAAUGGACCACUCAGCUAAUAUCCAACAUCUUAUAUUUAUUGUUUGUGGAAUCCCUGAACAAACUCUGGGAAUCAUAAGGUUCUAUGGUUCAAACCAUAAGUAUGAUUUAAGAACUAAUUGUUUUGAAGUCAAAUAGAUUAGUGCUCUAA